CAUCUCUGCGCCCGUGCCUCCGCCGGGGGGGAGGGCUCUUUGGGCUGGCUCUUGGGGCGUUGAUCUUUAUGCUGCCUGCCCCUGUGGGCCUGGUGGCCUUCUGGCGGCGGGGGCUCGGCCUGGCUACUUCCCCACAUUACUCACUGAGUGAACCAGGGUGUUAUUAUGUUGUUGGUUUUAUUACAGCGACGGUGAUCUCAGCAGUAUGACUAUAGUUGUUUUUUUUUACAAUGAUGUGCAUUACAGUAAUUAUCAUUCUGUUCACUAUCAUAGAUAAUCAUUUCAUUACUACAAUUAUGUGUGACUGUUUCAAUGCAGUAUUGUCAUUGUGGUUGUUGAUAUUAUUUUGUCCUUUGUCCUUCAGUCCUUGUUCGUCUUUAUAGUUGUCGCAGACAUUUAUUUGCUGAUGUAAUUCUGUAUGUUUCUGUUGUUCUGUUCUUGUUGUCACAACUGCUGUUGUUGCUGCUGUUGUCCUUGUCUCUUGUCUUUUUUUUUUUUGUCCCCCUCUUAUCCCCGCAUCCCCCUCUGUUUUCUUUUCUCUUUUUUUCUGUCCCCUCCUGCUCCGGUCCGGUCGCUCCAAAUUUGCUUAAUAACAAGCAUCUAAGUCAAAUAAAUUCGGUAUAACAGGGGAAGUGUAUAUCACACUUCUCCCUGGCAGAGUAAAUCUGUUGAGCACUUGACGGCAUUUAGAUCUACAAUUCUAUCUGCUUUAAAGGCUGGACAGGACAGGGGUAAAAAAAAAAAAAAAAAAAAGAAAUUUGUUGUGUUUAAAUGCCCAGCGUUGUCUCAAUACGCCGCUAGUUCAUUGUGCUUUUCCUCUUUGCCCGUGCUGUUCCAUAACAUUCCUCUGACCCAUCGAUACUGCCUUUGACUACUGGUGUAUGUUUUUGUCACAGAGCCUUUUUUUCACCUCUGUCACUUUCUAUUUAUCCUUGCAUACUGGGGGUCAAGCACCCAGCAGCUCCACAGAUUGUGAUAAUAAGUACAUUUAAAGACAAAUUUUUGUGGUUUUAGAAGUUAUUAGUAUCAACAUUUUAGCUUUUUUUAAUUACAUUAUGCCCUUUUGCUGUAUUUUCCACUUUUGCUGGGUUCUUGUUUACUUUAUUUCAGCAAUGAGCGACUCUUACAGAUCCCCUGCGCCACACCUUGGACACCCAUGCGUGUUUUCAAUGCAAGAUUGAUGCUGUGUCAAAUGUAAUGAGCGUCAAUAUGGUGCAGACAAGUCUGAACAUCUACUUGGGUUGAUCUGACAAAUCUUCAGUAAGAUUGGAUCAAAUGUGGAAUUAUUACAGCUUCUGCUAGGACAUCAACAAGUAGCAAGCAGCUGUUCAAUUCUGAUGGAACAUGUCACUCACUGACACUGUGAACAUCAAGGUAGGGUGGAUUGCAGGGUGUGCCUAAAAACCUUAACGUACUCUUCCAAUAAUGCCUUGCACAUUGCCAUUUCCAUAUUACUGUAUUAUACAGUACAUAGUAUCUGUGCCACAGUUCACAGUCUGAUUGGCUUCUGGCUGCCCUGUUCUCGCGAUACAGCAUUUCUCCAAACAAGAACGUUUUAAUCUCCAGAGUAUUUUGUAAACUUAGGACUCCAGUAGAAACAAUAAUCGGAUCAUUAUUUUCACAUACUGUAUAUCAAGUCGAGGCCCAAAGUUAAUGAAUCAGUCAGCAACAUGGUUUGUACAGUGGCAAUAUUUGAUCUAAAGGAGCUGAAAAACACCAAUGAGAGCUCGGUUUGUAUAAAAUUAGGGUCCGACCACACAAUUUAACUGCAAAAGAUGGAGCUAAAGGCAUUAUGGAAAGGGCCUCUUUACCUUUCUGAACCCAAUUAUAGUAGAUACUUAGAAAAGACACACCCUAAUUUGUUUGGGUACCUCUCUUGCUUUGUGAAUUUUUAAAUGUAUGAAAAUCACGAUAAAGUCUUCUAGGGGUGAGGACUCCUGCUCCUUUACGGAAUGUGACCUUCAUCAGGGACCUCCAUCACUGCCAGUCGGUGCAGUUUGGGAAAAACUGUUUGGCAAGGUCAAGAGUCCAGAUAAUCCCUGGUUCAGGUAUUUCAAGGACAUGUGGAGAAACCUGACAACAGACAUCCCUAAAACCCUUUUGAUCAGAGGCAAAUGGCUGAAAGAAAGAAAGACAGACUAUGAGCUACAGGAAAUCCUAACAUCGGAUACUCCUCCCAGAGCUGACUACAGAGAGAUGAUUUAGCUCACAGUGAUUGUGCUUGGAGGCACACCUCCAUAUAGGAUUCACUGGAGCCAACCAGGAGCCAUUCACCAGGCCAGGGACUUGUAUUCAGUGAAAAUGCUCAUGUGAGCAGAUGGAAUAUGACGAAGAGACUGUCUCCAAGAUGGAAAGUAUCUUCUUAUCACUAUUCUAUACCCCUGUGUGGAUGACUUCACACUCAGCAGCUGAUGCCCCUGUCAAUGACCUGCAGUUAUAUCAGCACAUGCUGAAGUAUAAGAGAACAGACAGACAUUGCUGAUGCAGUUCUACAGAAACCUGAGAAUCACAGGUGGAACUUGACACAGGAGGUCAUUCCAUUUGCGCUGUUCAACAGAAGGCUGAGUGACAAGCAGAAACAGGACAUUGCAGUGCAGCUACAUUCAACUGACAAGCCUACCAGACAGCCUCAGAAGAGGGAAAGCAGUUUUUCACAGUAUUGCAGCCAAGAACACACUAGAUCAGGGGUGUCAAACUCAUUUUUAUUGAGGGCCACAUCGCAGUUACGGCUGCCCUCAGAGGGCCACUUGUAACUAUCAGUAUAUAUGAAUAUAAAUAUGAAUAGAACCUCAUGAUAUUAUUACACAAUUGCCCAUGCAUUUGAUUAUUAUAUGUGUACUAACAAAUUAAUGGAUAACUUGCUUUGAAAUGAGAAGUAAAGUGAGAAUGUCAUGGUGACAAGCAGACAUUCAAGUAUUUCUAUUUGAAAAAUGCGUGGAAUAUCCUUGCUGCAUGAUUAGACAAUACUGAUGUCGAGAAGAACUGCAUUCAAUGACAUUUUUCUGUCAAAAUGACGGAUCAAAUACAUUUAGUGUUAGGAAUUGUGCGCUGCUCCCUCUCCUGCUCUCCCUCUGCUCUGUGUUUCAGCGCACCUCCUACCACCUAGUUCCCUCCUGGCACACCUGCAGCUCGUUAAGGAGGACAGUUGAUAAGCAGCAGGGUCCUGCAGCAGGGUGCCAGUUCAAUUUUCACUUUGAAUGAUGUAUGUCUAGCAUAAACUUGGAAAUUAUCUGUAAAUAGUGUAACAUUUUGUGCUGCACGGUCACAGUCAGGAGAUCGGGAAGACCUGGGUUCGAAUCUCCGUUGGGCAUUUCUGUGUGGAGUUUGCAUGUUCUCCCUGUGCAUGGGUUUUCUCCGGGUUCCAUGUAAAUUGUCCAUAGGUAUGAAUGUGAGUGUGAAUGGUUGUUUUUCUAUAUGUGACCAGUCCAGGGUGCACCCUGACUGUCGCCCAAAGUCCACUGGGAUAGGCUCCAGCAUACCCCCAUACCCCUUCUCCUAAUGAGGAGAAGCGGUAUAGAAAAUGGAUGGAUGGUUAGUGUUACAUUUUUGUUAAUUGUUAUUCAAAUUUUACAUGUGAACAGAGCAUUAUGCUGUUACACAUUUAGGUUUGCACAUGGUCAAACAGUGUAUAGGAGACCGUGUGUGUGUGGUAGGCCUGUCUGCUCAGGACAUCACUGCAUGACACUGUGCUGUGGCCACAGUGGACGAAGAAGACACCAGCGACCUCCUUGUCAUCAUGGAUGCUGCUGGAGCAUCCCAGGCACCCCAUCACACACUCACUCCAUCAUACAACGCUCAUACUAUACAUGAAACCUGGAUAGUAAACUGCUAUCAGGACUCUGUCUGAACAUACUCAUUGGUUACAACCAAAUCAGUAAGAAAAAAAAUUGCGGCCGAACAGGGACUUGCUGUUACAAGUGCAUCUCAAACUACAAAGCACUUAAAGGGUCAAACAUUAGAAUAUACAGUAUAUUAAUCGCUAACUAAAGAGAAAGAAGUUUUACUUUUUGCUCUUUGUAAGUACUUGUUUUGCCUGCUUGCUUUUCCGCCGGAGUGAUUUUUGGUUGCUACUUUGCUUGUUCCCUGCUUGGUUUUCAGCAAUGGAUUUUUGUUCUAGUUAGUUUUUUUUUUUCCUGCUCGUUUUUCUGCAGUGUUUUUUGUUUUUGUUACCUUUUUGUUGCCUUUUGCAGUAUUUCCAGUAUCAUGAUAUGCCAGUUUUGCGAGGAUAUAACCCCAAUGCUAUUAGACGAAGAGAAUCAGGUUGAGGGUUCUUGUUGAGAGGUUAUUCAGGGAGAUAAGUACUCUCCACCCAAAGAGGAUGUAGUGCUUGUGUCAUUGAUGACAGAACCGCUAGUUUAAUGAGCUAGUCCAUGAGUUGGCCUGAGCAUACAAUAUCAAUCCCACUACUCUACGUCAUGUAGCAAUGAAACAUGUUAGGCGAGAAGAUGAAGACAAGGGGCUGAUAACUUCAACCCUGGCAGCUGCCCUUGAAACACAUACUGCACCCAGUCCAAGAUUUGUUGGCGCACAUCAUGCUAGUCAGCCGUCAAGUGCUACACAGGCCCCUGAUGACACCCUGCUUGUCAACCCAUUGCCCGCAAGUCAUUGUGUAACAUAUUGUGAAACAUGAUCUACUAGUGUCUCUUCUGCUCCCAGAGUCACGCGUAUUUUCUGGAAACUCUCCCAAACCUUCUACGGAAGUAAACUAUGGCAUAUGGAGGCUUCGAGUUAAGCAGGCACUAGAUGAUUCUAGUCUGUCAGAGGCACAGCAGUAUGUUAUUCGACAGGUUGCUGACUCCUGCCUUAAAUGUCGCUCCCUCCAUUGGAGCACAAGCGUCACCUAGUGCUUACCUCCUUGAACUAGAACUUGUUAUUUUUAUUAUAAUUGUGUGUGAUUCUCUUUAGAAAAUAUUUACAAGUUUUCAACAGUUUUAGUACAUUUGUCAAUUGGUUACCAUGGUACCCCCUAGUGAGUGCUGCAGGCUCGUACAUGGUCGUUGUACAGUGUUGUACAGUUGCCGUACCAAACAGUGAUGGAGGCGGUAAGGACACUUUUGAUAGUGCAUUUGUAGAAGCAACUCAGGAUUUUGGUGGGCAUGCCAAAUUUCUCCUCUGGGACUUCUUGAUGUGUUGGGUGUUGUGAGACCAGGUGAGGUCCUCGCUGAUGUGCGUGCCAAGGAACUUGAAAGUUUUCACGCUCUCCACCUCAGUCUCAUCAAUAAACAGGGUCUAUGCGGCUCCUUUUCUCUCAAUUCCUGAGCUGGAUGUGCGAUCGUGGACUCUGACUGACUGGGACCUGCCUGUUAGAAAGUUCAACACCCAGUUAGAGAGGGGGGGUGACAGCCCAAGUGUGAGGAGCUUUUUUGUGAGUUUGUGGGGGCUGUCUGUGUUAAAUGCAGAGCUAUCACUACUAUUAUGGUAACUGUUUUACAAUUAUAUGCAUUAUUCCCAUAAUAUAUACGUCAAGAAGUAAACAUCCCUCCUUUCAUCAAAUAGUCAGCUAGCUCAUUCUGCAGAAGCAGGGAAAAAGAUGAGAAUAAAACAAUGGUCAGUGCGGGACAAGGAUGUGGAGGGCUGGCUUUGCCUUGGGCCCCCACGUGACUUAAUACGCUGCUGGAUAUGACAUAUAAUAUGCCUGCUGUGGACUGUUUUCAUUCACUUUGCAUGGUGGCUUGGGAGUUACCUGGAAAUAUCUUGUUCAUAAACACCAGACGCCAUCGCUAAUAGGAUUAAAGCUGAUGACGAUGAUGACGCUACAUGACACGUCGCCUUUAUGACUUUAAUGACUGUGAUCCGUCCUUUCACAGCUUUGGAAUGACUCCAUGACAUGCUUGAUAUAAAGAAUGUACACGUUUGCUGGUUGUGAGCUGCAGGAGAAGCAGACACAGCACAAGCGAUUGGAAGCCGCAGAGAAGACAUCACAGCCAACUGUUCCCAGAUCACAGAAGAACUUGCAACAUGCAGAGGAAGGUGAAAGGCCCACACGCCCACAAGAAGAAGCCACAAAACCCCGUCCACCCGGGCUUCUUCUUGGUCACUCCGCUUGUCUUGGUCGCCGUGGCGACUGCAUGGCCGUGGCCUAACCUGUAUUGGCCGUGGGACUCCAUCGCCGUGGCACAAAGCACCCAGGCCACUGAUGCCCCAGACCAGAACCUCCUGCAGGAACUGACAACCAUGAAACAGGACAUCAAUGAGUUGAAGACCCUCUUGAAGAACCUGGUGACACGUGUGGAUGAGCUUGAUGAAAGAACAGCAGCUAUCGUCCACAUUGAGAAUGUGACCCGUAUGGUUGAAACACAAGCCGCAACCAUGCAGAGUCUGACCACACUCGCGGAGAAGAUUGAUGGAGUAGCAAAAAUUGCGCAAGUUGAGGUUCUGACGGCACGUGUGGACGCUCUUGAAAAAGUGAAAAAGGAGCAAGUGAUGGGUCUGACCACCCGAGUGACGAAGCUGGGAGCGGCAGCCAGUUCGGUGGUAUUCUCAGCAAUGAUCAAACAUGAGAAUACAUUCAACAGUGGGGAGAAGGUGAUCUUCUCACAAGUGCAGACCAACGAGGGUGACGACUAUGACAAUACCACAGGCAUUUUCACAGCACGCAUCAAGGGCCUCUACUUCUUCACCGUCACCAUCCACACGCAUGGGGGGGACAUUGACCUGUAUGUGUAUAAGAAUGAGGAGGACAUGAGCCAGCUGUAUAACCCCACUGCAGGAUAUCACGGCAGUGAGACCAGCAGCUUGGUGAUGCCACUGGAGAGUGGAGACACCGUGUAUGUCAAGGCUUAUAAGGGCAGAGUCCAGAGUUACACCCAACAAAGCAUGUUCAGCGGCUUCCUCAUCCAUCCCAUGUAAACUAGAUGGAAACUUGGUUAGUGUCGUCAAUUCAUUCCAGAAGGUCCCGACUCCCAACCGAAGCCAUUUCAAGAGUCAGAAAUUUUGCUGAUGGCAUCAUAGAUUGGCAACGUAGCUGACCUCCCCGGUUGCCAUUCUGUUAGCAAGCGCACGAUGCUAACACAUGUUUUGUGAUCAUGAAGUGUACCAUAUUGUACGCAAACUGAGGCUACAUUUUGGAUGAAACACUAACUGACGUUCUGCUUUUUUUUUUCUUUGAUGAUACAUUUUGAAUGCUGGAUGUUUGGAUUUCCUUAUUAAAUCAAUAAAGUUUA